UCAUUUAGGUUUAAGUUCUACAAUUUCUACAAAUUGUCUCCAACGUUGCAUUUCUGUAAUUCUGUGUUCAGAAGGUUGUGGAUGGGCACUUUUUGUAUACGUGUGUAUAAAACAAAAUAUUUAAAAGUGGGAUUACCGGCAGUUUGACCUGCUCAUAUUUUAGAUAUAUAGAUAUCUACAUUUUGAUAGACAUCCAAGGAUAUUUAAAUUAUAUUUUUCCUUUACAGUUUCAUCAUUUUCAAUCCAUUCACGAUGGCCACUGACCACCAGAACCCUGCAUCCAAGCAGCAGCUGCCAGUCAUCAGUGCCUUUAAGCUGGUUAUCUAUGAGCAGGAAAACUUCCAGGGACGCUGCCAUGAGCUGACUGGUCCCUGCAACAACCUCCAGGAAGCCGGCGUGAAGAAAGUGGGCUCCAUAUUGGUGCUGUGUGGACCAUGGGUGGGAUAUGAGCAGGCCAACUGUAAGGGGGAGCAGUAUGUGUUUGAGAAGGGAGAAUAUCCUCGCUGGGAUUCCUGGACCAACAGCAGGCGUAGUGACGCCCUUAUUGCAUUCCGCCCGAUUAAAGUGGACAGCCAUGAGCACAAGAUUGUCUUCUACGAAAACCCCAGCUUUGCUGGGAAGAAGAUAGAAAUCAUCGAUGACGAUGUCCCCAGCUUUCACGUGCACGGCUACCAGGAGAAGGUCUCCUCUGUUCAGGUUCAGAGUGGCACUUGGGUGGGCUAUCAGUAUCCUGGCUACAGAGGCUAUCAGUACCUGUUUGAAAAGGGGGAGUAUAAGGACCACGCUGAGUUCGGAGCCCAGAUUCCUCAGAUCCAGUCGGUUCGACGCAUCAGAGACAUGCAGUGGCAUCAGACGGGCGCUUUUAAGCCCGUCAACUAAGCUUGUGACUCUUUCCUGUCAUGAACCCUGACCAUGGCCUUGCUCCCCUCCAGCAUCAACCUCAUUGUUGUUAAUUUACACAAUGCAGCAUUUUGAUAUUCAUUGCAGCUGUUGCAGGUGUUAAAUUAUUUGAAGCAAACUAAUAAAUCGUAAUUGCUUAAAUUUGA